ACAAGUGUGGCUUUGAACUUUAACUUCACCUUUGCUGCUGCCGAGUCCCGAGUCGUCGUCCCUCGUCCAUCAUUCUCUCUGCUUUUUCUCAACAAAUAUUCCCUACCCCCAAAACCCCUACCCGUCUCUCAAUCCGAUUCCAAACUCCUCCUCCUCUUUCAUGACGAUUGGUUCAGCCGGAUCCAGCAUCGUUGUGCCGAGAAAUUUUAGGUUGCUGGAAGAACUCGAGCGUGGAGAGAAGGGUAUAGGAGAUGGUACUGUAAGCUAUGGAAUGGAUGAUGGAGAUGACAUUUACAUGCGCUCUUGGACGGGUACCAUAAUUGGUCCACUCAAUACUGUUCAUGAAGGACGCAUAUAUCAACUUAAGCUUUUCUGUGACAAAGAUUAUCCUGAGAAGCCACCAACUGUACGAUUUCAUACACGCAUCAAAAUGGCUUGUGUCAACCAUGAAACUGGCAUGGUUGAAGUAAAGAAGUUUGGAAUGCUGGCAAAUUGGCAGCGGGAGUUCACCAUGGAAAACAUACUGAUACAGCUGAAGAAGGAAAUGGCAGCCUCGUACAACCGGAAGCUUGCCCAACCACCGGAAGGUACAUACUACUAAUUGGAGGCAACUUUGAAGGUUUGUCACAUUUGUUGAAAAACGAAUUGGCAUAGGCUGAAAUGCUUGUACAUAUGUACAAUAUUUCAAUUAAUGGUAGGUUUAACAAAAAAAGCAGUGGUCCUUAAGGAGCUUUAGUAUCACUUGCCCCCUACCUUUCUCUUUUUGGUAUUUCUUUUGUAAACUUUUUGAAUUAGAUUUUUCUCCAUGUCUUGAUUGAAAUACUGAAAUCAUUUGUGAACGAUUAAUCGUUUCAGAUGCUUUGAUUGCAGA